AUGAAAGUCUACGAGCACUCCUUUAAUUACGACUACACUUUCCCCGCUGUCACUCUAGCAUAUUUCCUGCGCUAUCCGAAUCCUUAUUCCAGGCAUGUUCUCAGCUCGGAUGUGAUUGAUCGUUACAUCGACCCCGAGACAAACCGACUUCAUACUGUACGACUACAUCUCAAAAAAUCAAAAGUACCCUCCGGCAUCCUUAAAUUCCUCCCUCGCGGCCUUGCCGGCCCAGGUGGCGCUAGUCAGAGCUAUGUCCUAGAGAAGAGUACCAUUGACAUCAACGAAGGAUGGAUGGAAACGGAGUCCAAGAACAUGGAAUGGACGGGCAUCUUGAGCGUUAUCGAACGUCAGACCUAUAAACGGCAGCGGUUAUCGGAUAUUGCGUCUUCCAGUUGGUCGAGCGAUGAUCUCCAACCACAGAAACCCAGAGAGACCACCACCUGCAAAACAGUUGUGACAUUCGUAUCACACCUGGGCCAACACAAGUUACUGGGCAGGAAAAGACAAGAGCACACUGCCAAUGUCGAGGAAGAAUCUCCAAAACAAGGACUGUUUGCUUCGUGGUCGACAGCUGGUAUUCAGCGGACCAUCGAGCUGAUUGGAGUGAAACGAACCAAGUCAGCCCUGGUAAAUGGAAAAGAAGGAAUGAACGUCGUGCUCGAGAGGUUGCGGAAUGGUGGCAUUGUGGCCGUCCUUGAAGGAAUGAGAAGAGAUCGGAUGGAAGUGUUGGGAGCAGAUGGACACUGA